UUUACAAUAAUGGCUCAGGAACCAGAAACUUCAGUUAUGAGGAUAGAUUUAAGAAGUUGGGACAGUUCUCCUUGGAGAGAAGAUUGAGAGGACUAUGAUCAUGGACAGAUGUCAUUUUAGAGUGUGGUGACAUAUCCCAUCUCCACACUUCAACCCACAAUUUUAUUGAUUUUGCCUCCAUUGGAACCAACGCUCGCAGUGGGGAGUGUUGGGUAUGUGAAUUUUGUCAUAUUUACAAUUAGAACAAGGUCAUUCAGGAGUAAAUUUUGUUUUUAUUUAUUCAAUUAUGGUGCAAGGGCUUCAUUGGCUGGCCAAUAUUUGUUACCCGUCACUAAUUGCCCUUGAGAAAGUGGUGAUGAGCUGUCCUUUAGAACCAUUGCAGUCCCUGUGCAGGAUGGCGAGUGUCUUACAGCAGUACUUAUAAGUUGUAUUGUUGCUGUGUUUCUGAUACCUUUGCCCUAUUAGGUGGAAGUGAUCAUGCUAUUGGAGGGCACUGUCUAAGCAUCUUUGGUAAAAGUUUUCAGUGCACGUUGCAGAUAGUACACUGCUGCUACUAAGCAUCGUUGGCAGAGGGAAUGGAUGCUUAUGGAUGUGGUGACAUUGAAGUUGGCUGCUUUCUCUUGGAUAGUGUCAAACUUCUUGAGUGUUGUUGGAACUGUACUCAUCUAGGCAAGUAGCCACUAUUCCAUCACAAUCCUAAUGUGCCUUGUAGAUGUUGGAUAGGUUUUGGGGAGUCAGCAGUUGAGUUACUUGCCUGCAGACCUGUUCUUGUAGUUGAGUCCAGUUGAGUUUCAGGUUAAUGGUAACCCCUCAGAUGUUAAUAGUGGGUGAUUCAGUGAUGGUAACACCAUUGAAUGUUAUGGAAUGAUAGUUAGAUGUUUUCUUAUUGGAAAUGACCAUUGCCAGGCAUUUAUGUGGUGCAAAAGUUACUUGCCCAAGCCUAGAUAUUGCCCAGAUCUUGUGGCAUUUGAACAUGGACUGCUUCAGUAUCUUAGAAGUCUCAAAUGGUGCUGAACAUUGUGCAGUCAUGGGCAAAAAUCCCCACUCUGACCUUAUGACGGAAAGCAGAUCAUUUAUGACUAAGCUGAAGCUGAUUUGACGGAGGACACUUCCCUGAGUAACGCCUACAGUGCUGUCCGGGAGAUGAGAUGAUUGACUUCCAAUAACCACAACCAUCUUCCUUUGUGCCAGCUAUGACUUCAACCAGCUGAGUUUGUCCUGUUAUUGUCUUACUGAUUUCAGUUUUGCUCAUUCUCCUUGGUACCACGUUGGUUCUAUUUCAAAGGCUGUCACUGUUACCUCAGGAAAUCAGCUCUUUUGUGCAUGUUUGAACCACGACUGUAAUGACGGCAAGAGCUGAGUGGCCCUGACCGAACCCAAACUGGGCGUCAGCGGUCAGGUUGUUGCGAAGAGAUGAGGAGGAAUACCUUCGCUCAGGGUACAUUAAAUCCUUGGGAUUCUCGAAGGGCUGUGGAAUCUCCGUCAUGUAGCAUAUUUAAUAGAGAUCAAAAGAUUUCGAACUCAGAACAUCGUGGAUCAUUGCGAUAGUGCGUGAAUAUACUAUUGAAGUAAAGCAUCAGAGGUAGCCGAGGAUGGAGGCCCAGGACUGAAUACUAUUAUGUUCCCAGCGAAGGGAUGGACAGGGUAUAGAGGACAACAUCAGCCUAAUUCAUCGACACAAUCUCUCAUUAUUUUCUGGAGGGCAACGCAGCACCGCAGUGACAUCGAAACUGAAAGCGGUUUUGGUCAGGAAGGGCUGAGAAUAAACAUGGCUCCCAGACAACAAAUCAGGAGUUGGACAGAAGAGGUAAUUUGCACCAUAUGUCUAGAAUUCUUCACCAAUCCGGUGACACUGGAGUGUGGACGUAACUUCUGCCGCUCCUGCAGCAUCCAGUGUUGGGAAAAGAAAAAGUCCUGCCCGCAAUGUAGAGGGGAGUUUCUAGAAAUAAACCUCAGGGUAAAUCGGGCCUUAGCGAAUCUGGCCGAAGAGUCUCGAAAAUUAAAGCUGGAUCCGAAAGAGAAAGAAAGUCAACUUCAUUGUGCGAAACAUCAGGAAGAACUGAAGCUGUUUUGUGAAACCGACAAGAAAUUGAUCUGUCUGAUUUGUAGAGAUUCGUGGGAACACAGAGAUCACCGCUUCCUGCCAAUUAAAGAAGCUGAUGAAAAUUAUAAGGGUCAGCUGAAAUAUUUCUUAAAUUCUCUCACAGAGAAGAAAUCGGCGGUUCUAGAAACGGAAUUGAAGCAGAAACAGAAGAUUUCCGAAGUUAAGGCGAGCAGUCUGCAGACCCACAUCACAUCCGAGUUUGCUAAAAUGCACCAGAUUCUCACUGAGAAAGAGCGGCGUUCACUCGGAGAUCUGAGGGAAGAAAAGGGGAUUCUCGAACCAAUGGAGAAAAACCUUCAAGAAAUUCAGGAGAAUUUAAAUUGUAUUGAGGAGAAACUCUCGAACUUGAAGAAACAGAUGGAGCAAAAUGAUGAUCUGACAUUUCUGAAGGAUUGAUGAGGGGAAUCAGCCACUCUCAGUAUCUGAUGGAGAUCAGCUGUCAAUCGGGAUCUUCAAUGGCCCCCUGCAGUAUGCAACAUUGAGAGAAAUGAUUGAUGACAUUAACCCUGGUAAAGCUCUGACAAUAACUUUCCUGAUUAUUAUUUUAGUUGUGAUAGUUCAUGAAUUUGGUUGUAAGUAGGCUCUGAGACCCUACAUUAAUAGUCAUAAUACCAGUUAUUAAUCUUCAGCAGCCACCACAUUCCUUUAUGGCACGUUGCUGUGGCUACCUCUAGGCAAGUGGCUGAAGUCAUUUGCACCGUGUUUCAAGCCAGUGAAGGUAUCUGUAUAAUAAGAGGAAUAGAGUGCAAAUGUAAGCAUGUGAGUAUUAAUUUGUCUAGAAGACAGCACUGGCUCAAUCUGGAGUUCCAAGAAGUUAACAAGCAGGAUAGAUAAAAGGAAAGUCAUGGAUGUAAUAUAUGUGAAUUUUCAGGAAGUGUUUGAUAAGAUAUAAGACAUUGGGCUACUUAAUAAUAUGAAUCUGUGCCUUUAGAUGAAGUAUGUUAAUAUUGAUAGAUGAGUGGACAACUCAUAGGAGGCAGAGAGUUAGAAUAAGGGUGGCAUUGUCAGGAUGGCAAACUGUAACCAAUGAAUUGCCACAGGGAUCAGAGCUGUAACCACAAUUAUUUACAAUAUAUACUUUGACAACUUGGAUGAGGAAAAUGGAUGUAAUAUAUCUUGGUGUUUGGCUGUCACAAACGUAGGUGAGAAGGCAAGUGGUGAAGAUGAUUCAAAAGUCUGCAGAGGGAUUUACAUAGAUUGAAUGGCAGAUGGAAGAUAAGGUGGAAAAAUGUGCAGUUACACAUUUUGGCAGGAGGAAUAGAGGAAGCAAAUGUUAUUUAAAUGUGGAAUGAUUGCACAAAGCUAUAGCACAGAGAGAUUUAGGAGUUUUUAUUCAUGACUCACAUUAAGUCAGGAAUACACAUUGAAUAUAUGCUUUUAUUUCAAAGGAAAUGGACUAAAAAUACAGGGAGGUCUAGAUAAAGCUAUAUGAUGUGUUACUCAGACCACAGAUGGUGUACCGUGAACUCUUUUGAGCCCCUUAUUUAAGGAAAGGUGUGUAAACAGUACAGAAAGCAUUCUGUAUGCUGAACUCAGUAUUGAAUGAUUAUUUCAUGUGAAGUGUUGGUGUAGUUUGGGCCUAUACUCAUUGACAUUAGAUUAAUGAGAAGUGGCCUUAUUGAAACACAUAAGAUUCUUAAGGGACUUAACAUAGUAGAUGUUGAGAGGUUGUUUCCCAUUGUGGCAAAGUCUAGGGCUAAAGGGCAUAAUCUCAGAUUAAGAGGUUAUCAAUUUAAAACAUAGAUAAGGAAGAAUUUCUUCUCUCCCUGUGUAGUGAAUUUGUGGAAGUAUUUAUGAUGGAGAACUGUAGAUGUUGGGUCGUUACAUAUAUUUGUAUCUGAAAUAGACAGAUUUUUGAUCUGUAAGGGAAACAAGGUUUAUGUGGACAAGCACGAAAUUGCAGUUGAAGAUUGAAUCAGUCAUGACCUCAUUGAAUAUUGAAGCACAAUCGAUGGGCUGAAUGGCCUAUUUCUACCCCAACUUCUAAAGUUCGUAUGGUAUUAUCAUUCUCACUGACAUUUUUGUAAUUACAUUAAUAGCAAGGUGCAUCUGUAUUAGGCAAAACAUCCAAAAAAGGAAGCAAGUCUGCGAUUUGGAAUUAUUCACCUUCGUUAAGAAUAGCGAUGAGGUAUCAAGUUGAGAAAAUGUUGUAACUUAAAUGGAUAAGAGAAAGAAAGAGAGCAAGAUAGCAAGAAUAGAAAUGAUGAUCUGACUACCAUAGAACACGGAAACAUGGUAACAGGAGUAGGUCAUUCAGCCCUUUGAUAAGAUCAUGGCUGAUCUGUGUUCUAACUUCAUAUGCCUGACAUGGACCCAGAUCCUUUGGUACCCUUGCUUAAUUAAAAAAAAUGUCUAUCUCAGAUUUAGAUUGAACAAUAGAAUUAGCAUCGACUGCCAUUCAAGGACAAGAAUUCCAAACCUCUGCUGUUCUUUGCGUGAAGAAGUGUUUUCUAACAUCUCUCCUGAAUCUCUUGGCCCUAAUUCUUAGACUGUGGCCCCUGGUUCUAGAACCUUCCAGUUGUGGAACUUCUGUAGGAAGGAACAGAGUUUGCAUAUCUUAACUUAACCCAGCAGAUAAAUUUAUGGGUUUCAAAACUAGUAAAAUGAUAAUAUAAAACCACCAUGUAUCUAAAUGCAGGUUCUAAUAAACAAACAAUAUUUGAAUCUAACAAAUAAUUUACAUUUUUCAUUACUAUAGUGCAUAAAAAUACCACCACAGAAAUAAUUAUGAAUCAAGAUGUGAAAGGUUGGGAGGAAAUUUUUAAUAAUUACGUGUUAAAAUACAGAAAAAUAAACAAACUAAAAGCUAAUGAACCAUAAAAUCACACACAACAGAAAUGGACCUUCAGCCCAUCGAGUCUGCACUGCCAAAAAUAUAUGAAAUCUACACUAACCCCCACCUUCCAGCACUUACAUUUCAAGUGCUCAUCCAAAUAACUUUUAAUGGUUGUGAGGUUACCUAUCUCAGCUACCCUCCAAGGCAGUCCAUUCCAGUCACCCACCACCCUCUGAUUGAAAAAAUACUUUUUGAAGUUCCCUCUGAACCUUCAGCCUCUCACCUUAAAAGUGUGCCCUUGUUAUUGACCAUUCAGCUGAGCAGAACAGCUGUCUUCUGUUCAGCCUGUCCAGGCUCCUCAUAAUCUUGUACAACUCAUUGGAAACCUACCAGUCCUAAUGUACUUCAACACAGCAUCUUGAAAUAAGUGAUUUCUGAAACAAUAGAUGUGUUGAUUUUAAUUUUCCAAAGUUUCCUAGAUUCUGGAAAGUCACAUCACAUUAAGCAAUCAUAAAUAUGACUCCUUUAUUCAUAAUAAUGGGACCCCCAAAGCAGUUGAGAUUCAGAUGGUCGCAUUUUGAUUCUUUUGUUGUACUAAUAUUGUAGAAGGCAAGGGUCUAUGGGUAGGGAUUCAAAUCCCACCAUAUCAUCUAGUGGUGUUUAAAUUAUUUCAGUUAAAAGAUGAAUUUGAAAGUAAGUCUCAGUAAUAUUGAAGCAAACAGGAAAUGCUGGAGAAGUCCCACAGGUCUGGCAGCGUCUGUGGACAGGGUAACAGAGCUAAUAUUUCAAGUCUGGCAUGACUCUUUUUCGAAGGAGUGUUCAAAUCUAUUCUUAACAAAGUCAGGUGAUAUAGAAAAUCAUAGCCAUCAUUCAGAGUCAACAUGGUUUUGUGAAAUUAAAAUUGUUUUUGAUGAAUUUAUUGGAGAGCUUUGAGAAUUGUUCAAAUACAAUGGACAAAGGGAGCCCAGUAAAUAUAUCAGCAUAACUGGAUUUCCAAAAGGUAUUUGACAAGAUAAUUUGACAACUUCAUAUGGCAAGUUUAUUUUACAGGCUAAGAUGAAAUGCUAUUGGGUCAUAUAUUAACAAUGACAACAGAGUGAGUAACGAUCAGGAAUCAGUGACUAUUACAUGCGUUUAGCUAUAGGGGACGAAGGCAAAGUAGACUGAAGAGCCCAAUAACCUAUUCCUCUUCCUCAUAUGUAUAUUCACUCACUGUGCCACUACCAGGCUCUCUAAUUUCCAAUGCAACUCACUUCCUUUUGCAUGCUCUCUUUUGAGUUCCAUCUCCAAUACUCUGCUAUCUUAUCAUACCAUUCUUCUGCUCUCCCCUCCUCCUGAGCUCUCUAUUUGCUCUUAUUUUCUCCGCUCCUAUUCAUCUCUCAUCUCCCACUCCCUCUUACUUCUCCCAUUUUUUUUAAACAAAAUGCCUCACCAGUUCUCCAUCCCCGCUCCGCAACGCACUCCCCCCCCCCCCCCCCCCACCACCUCCCCCGGCAAUUCGACCCCAAACCACUCCUUUCUAUUCUGUUGAAUUCUCACUCUCCCUGUUACACGUUAUCCUUCUGCAAAAGUUGUCCAUUCAAAAGUUUUGCAGUUAUUGAAGUUUGUGUCUGGUAUCUACAAGGUGAGAUUGGGUAAGGCUUAUAUGAGAGCAUCUGCCCACUGUUAAGAAUGAAUACCAUCAUGGACCCACAUUCUAUCCAUUUUUCUUCUUUCCAACUCUCCAUCUCUGCUUUCUGACAAUCCCAGCCUCUUGCAUUUGUGUUUCCUCCACCCACACUUCUUCCUCUUGUAUUCUCUGUUCACUUUCUCACACUCAUACACCCUUUCUCUCAUUUACUCUGCUGUUUUAAUUUUCCCCAGCUCCAGUCUGUCUGACACUGGAUCCGAACACAGCAUAUCCCUGGCUUCUCCUGUCUGAGCACCGGACCAGUGUGAGACUCGGAGACAAACGGCAGCCACUCCCUGACUCCCCGGAGAGGUUUGAUCCCUGGCCCUGUGUCCUGGGAUUGGAAGGAUUCACAUCAGGGAGACAUUACUGGGAGAUAAGGGUGGGGAAAAAGACUCAGUGGAUUAUAGGGGUAGCUCAAGAGUCGGUUGACAGGAAAGGCAGAAUUGGCCUGGCACCUGAGUCUACAUACUGGAUUAUUGGGCUAAUUCCUUCAAGUGACUAUUUUGUUCGCUCAUCCAACUCACUGAGGCCUCUCGCGCUGUAUAUGAAACCACAGAAUAUUGGGGUCUUCCUGCACUAUGAGGGUGGACAGGUGUCAUUUUACAAUGUGGAUAGCAUGUCUCAUCUCCACACUUUCACCCACGCUUUCACAGAGAGGAUAUUUCCCAUUUUCUGCCCGGGACUGAAUGACAAUGAAGAAAACUUUGCACCACAGGCUAUUUGUAAGAUUAGAGGACACUGAUAGACUAAAACCAUAAUUGCAACCCAUCCCCCUGCCUCCUGACAGCUGUAAAAUGAAUGAUGGGAUCGGUCUCGGUCACAGGUGGAGAGAGAAGCCAGGUUAACAUUCUGGGAAUAAAUCUUGUAUCGGAACUGGGAACUGAAAGAUCAGCAAGAAGGUAUGUAGGGCUGGGGAAAGAAGGAGUGGGAGAACAGAAACAAAAAGAAGUUCAGCAGUACAGAGAGAAUUAUGAGUUAGAAUAAGCUGUGAACUAUGGAACCCAGGAACUACCCCUAAUUCAAUCUAAUUCUUGCCCUUCUUAAUGGUGAUAGUGUUUCAGUGGUCAUGAUUUUCAGCAGUGAGUUUUGGAUUCACUUCCAGCUGGAAUGGACUUUUCUUGGGGGCUGGAGUGGGCGGGGGUGGGAGACAGUGUUGGAAAUGGGAUGUGGAAAAUCAGCUUCUGCUUUGUUGUUUGUCUGUCUGUCUUCAAUUUGGUCUCAGGUAUUCAUCAAUAGUUUUUCUCAUGCUGCUCAGAGUACUGUGCAUUUUCAUCAUUUUCUGUCUUUAUUAACCACCAUAAGUUUGUGUCUUAUGAUCUCAGUAACGUUUUCAGUUUGGCUUCAAACUCUCACCAAACUGUAAUAAGAUAACAUCCUUAUAUGAUGAAUAACACUGAUAAACUGGACUUGGUUUGCCCACGUCUGUUCAUAUGAGUCAGAAUAUUACACUCAAAUCAAAUCAAAUUUGAGGGGAAUGAAAUUAUGUAUUUAUGGAAUGUUAUUCUAUAUUACAUUAGAAAUCUGCCUUGAGUCUUAAUCAUCUAAAUGGUAAGUGGCUGCUGUGAUAAUAAUUUGAAAGUUUCUCUGUUUAAUGUGAUAUGUUCACUAAUCAAGAAUUUAUGCCAUUGACUGGUAAUGUGAAACAAAAUGAAAAUUUGUGCAGUUUUUGGAGUCAUUGUAUUCAUUUAUCUUUGCUUUUCUGGUCUGUUUUAUUACGAUCUAAAUCAGUGAUAUAACCAUCAGAUCACAAUUACUUAAUUACCUGUCUUUUGCAAACAUUAAUGAAGAACUGUAGACAUGUAACUUGCUCAUAUUGUGUCUUUUCUCUAGAACUGUAAUUUGUAUUUAGAUCAUUGAUUAAGGUGGUUUUUCAACAAAACAACUCUGAACUAUUGGAACAAGUGUAGAUUUUCACAAUAGGACAACUCAGCUCACCACUAGGUUGAAAAGACAGAAAACAGCGUGUUGUGUUUUUAUGUUAUUUGGAAAUCACACCAAAAUCUGUAUCAAUGGAGCCCAUUCCAAAGACAUGAUUAUUUUCAGAGACUCUUACUCUUAAGUGGACUGUUAUGUGCCUGAAAGUAGCCUGGUCUGGUACUUCAGCAAUUGGCACCUUAGGUUGGAAGAUGGUCACUUCAGAAGUUAUUGCAGGAGGUCAAUUUAUCCUCUACAUCUGUACAAAUGCCUUCAUAGGGCUAUUCAACUGGGAUGCCAAUCAAUUCCUUCCAACCUCAGAGCGCUGUGUGUUUUUUUUUGGACUUUGAACGGUUCACCCAAAACAAUUUGAAAGUUACUAUUCAAUGUGCUUUCACUACAAUAUCUCUCAGUGCAUUUCAGAUCAGAACUGCCUGCAUGAAAACCCUUUUCUUCUCACGACAGUUUAUUCCUCCAACACAGGUUCGAUUCCAGCCUCCAGUGGCUAUCUGUGUGGAGUUUACACAUUGUCCUGUGCCUGUGGGUUUCUUCUGGGUGCUCCAGUUUCCUUCCACAAUC